UCAGUUGCCCUUAGCUUGUAUUUUGGGAUUGCAAUGCUUGCAAAAACAUGUUUUAUAUUAAUUUAAUGAUUAAAGAAAUGGUAAUACAUGCAAAGCUAGAUAAACUUAUUUAGCGAUUGCCAAACUAGCGCGUAUUAAAUAACUGUGUCCAAGUAUUGCAUUAAGUGUGAAAUAGACAGUCAAUUCGAUAGAAUAUCGAUUAGUUCGUGAGUACUACCUUCGCUGUUAUUGCAAUUUAUAACUUUAACAUUUAAGAUGCAAGUUAUUUCCUACCGAAAAGUGCAUAGCUGGCUCCUUACGUAUCUUUUAUGACAUCCAAGAUGCAAAAACGACUGAUGUGUAAAUACAAAUUGUCUGGACUUCAUAUGAUUACUCAGUCAUCGGGAUUACAGUUCCGAGUCUUUCGUAGAAGUUCAACAAGAGUAGAUUGGAGAUAAAUCAGGAGUUUCGGAAUGGAUAUCUGAAUUUGAAAAAGACACUUAUUUCCAGACAGAUUAAAAUGGAUUACGGGAAUAGUAUUGGGGCUGUAGCCUGCCCAGUUUGUACUCUUUUUCUACGUGAAGGAAUCAGCUUACAAAAACAUUUAGAUACCCAUCCUAAAGAGCAGGUAAUCGAGGCUCUCAUCAAAGCUAGUGUCUCAUCCACAAAUCAGCUACAAGAUUCGUCAGAUCAAUCACCAUCAUCACCAAACCAAAUUGCCAGUCAGCCUCAAGUGAAUUCAGCUUCUCAUGUGCCCUCGCAAUCUCCAUAUCCUGUUGGGCCACUUUUUGAAUGUCCGUCAACUUUAAAUGCAGUACUCUCCCCGCCACAGUUUGCCUCGUUCAGUUACCAACAAUUUGUCAACAAUGGAACUGUUAUGAUACCUCAAUACGCCAUGGCACCGCAAAAUAAUCCUAUGAUGCAAAUGCUUUAUUCUCCUUAUGGCAUGUAUCAUCAGCAGCCUGUUCCUACCGUUCAAAUGAUAUCACCUGUAACUCCCGCCGCUUCUACAACAGCGUCUGGCACAACAAUUCCUGCUAGUAGAUUUAAAUCUACAAAUAUAACUUCAGUCAAUGAUUCUUUUAUAAAAAUGAAUCCGGCAGAAAAGUCUUAUACUUGCUCUGAAAUCAGACCUUUGUUACCAGAAGUUUUACAAGAAGAUGAAACGCAAGUAUUGCUUCCUAAUACAGAUGUAACUGUAUCUUUGCGUUCACCUGCAUCAAAGGAACGAUCAACCCGUUAUGAUCAGAUUAUCGAUAAUCGAUCGAGCCUGGAGCGCCGAGAGCAUCAAACACAAAUUUUUAAUGAGGAACAGAGAAAUGACGGAUCAUCUUCAGAUCAAGAAAAUUAUCAGAAUAUUGUAACUCAUGAAACAAUAAAUGAUCAAAGUGACAGAAUACACUUAAAUAUAAUAAGCAAAGAAACGCCGACACGUGAAUCAGUAAUUGCAGAAAAAAUCCCUAGUGUUUCGAAAUUAUCCAAAGAUUGCAGCAGUGCCAUUAACGGAAAUUUAUUGGAUAAAAUGGAACAAGAAGCCGAAAAGAAACAAGAACAAACAAAAAAUCGCGAAUUGAAUGAACAAGAAGAGGGGAAACAGGUUGUACGAUCACGGGUAUCAGUAACCAGUGAAAGCGAUCGAAAUGUGAGUCAGCCUGAAGUGGAACAACUGGAACAUCUUUUAAUAACUAUUAUAGGGUCAGAAUAUGAGGAUGUCAAUGGAGUACAUUCUGAUAAUUCUCCUAAUGUCCAAAAAAUUAUCAAAUCGAAGGAAACAUUUCAGAAAAAUGGAAACCAAAGUGAUAAUGAUUGUUCUCCAACAAACUCCGUCUUGAAUAAAUCAUUUUCUAUGUCAGGAGAUAACUUCACAGUUAACGUAAAUUCUAAUAAAACUUAUCACUGCAAAAAUAGCGUAUCAGCACCCACUUCUCCUACUUUUUUAAAAAAAUAUAAAUCACAUUCACGUUUGUCAUUGAGAUCUGACUUUGGAUCCAAUGAAAAUGUUUCCAUGUAUCCUCUUGGUUUCGAGGCAGCGGUUUUGCAUAAUUACGCUUUUUCUAAAAAUGAAAAUGAAAUUGAAGACGAUGAUACUGAAAUGGAGCAAAUAUCUUCUAAUGUCUUAGGAAGGCAGUAUCAUGAAGUUGAAGAGGUGCGUGCUAGGUCUCAUACGCCUUCUUCCAACACUAGCAGUAAUUCUGUUAUACGAGUGCGCACUGAUCUUAGUAAAUCUGGUUCACCAGUAUCUGACCAUUUUCUUCAUGAUGUUGACAUGGAUCAUAUGAUUUGUAACAAAGAAAGUUGUAAUCAAAGCGAUCCGUCUUUAGAAAAAAAUAUUGUUAGUUCGGAGACUCAAGAAGUGAAAGAAAACACUAAUGAAGAUACAGUUCUAUCCAGAAACUGUCCUGAAAGGUUAAAAGCUAAAUGUGAAAAACGAACUUCUUCGGACACUCAGAUUCUCAGCAUCCAUAAUCAGCAGGUGUCUAAAAUGUCUGAAAAUGUUACAAUCGAAGCAGUUACUACAUCUGGACAUGAACUUUCGAAAGUACCAGACUCGACUGAGCCAACAACGAGUAUGAAUUUCAGAAAUGAUGAAGACAGCGAAAUCGUCGUUGAAAAACCGACAGCAGAACUUUUUCAUAUAAGCGAAGAUGCACACAGUGGCUCUAUGAAUGUUUUCGAAUUUGAUGGUUUACAAAUAUUAGUACCUAGUACAUUUAUAAGUGAAUCUUCUGAAAAAGCAAUUAGUGGGACGAGUCAGCAAUCUUUGUCUAGUAAUGAGGGUGGAAUUGGAGCCGAUGAAGAGAUAAAAAGUAUCAAUAUGCGAGCAGAUGAAAGCAUGCCACCUAGAGGUGAAUUAUCGGAGCAAGAAAGUAACGAAUGUACAGACCAAUCUACAUGGCAGAUUUAUAUCGGACAAGAAACAUCACGUAUGUCAACAUCAUAUGAUCUUAUGGCUCGCGAAACAUGGGAUGAAUCAGAAGGUUCGGAUAAUGAGAUAGGAGGAUCUCUUUUGGAUAGCCGAUCCUUAGCAACACAUUUUACGUCUAGUCUGUUUUUAGAUCGCGAUAGAAAGACGCCCACGCGGCGAAUUUUCAAAUGCUCACUCUGCACUGAGGUGUUUGAAUGUCCCAAGGAACGUAGAGUUCAUAGUACAACUAUCCACAAAGAUGCUGGUCCUAGUAAUAGUAGAGAUCCUGCUCAGCAGACUGAAAUUAAAGAUAUUAAAUUAUUGGAUGGACGUAUGAAUAUGUUCGAAGACAUUUUCGUAGCAGGAUUACAUGUUCAACAAACAUAUCAUCAACCAUUGUUACAUCAGCUUCAACCACCACAACAACUAGAUCUAGGAAAACCUGAAAAUGAUAAAAAGGUUGAUAAUUUAAGAAUUCCCACCUCAAUGGACAUUACUUGCAAUAUUUGUAAUCAAAGUUUUACCGGUGAAAAGUCGUUACAAGUUCAUCAGAGAAGGAUGCAUAUUAAAGAAUCUGUAAAGCGCGUGCGGGAAAAUUCCAAGUGCCAGAUUUGUAAUCAGGAAUUUCCUUCGGUUAUUUUAUUCAAUGCGCAUUUAAAAAUCCAUCCUUUAGAAUGCGGUCAGUGUGGUAAAUAUUUCUAUAGAAAGCAAAAUUUCAAAUUGCACGUAAAACGCCACCUUGGAAUAAAACCCUUUCCAUGUUCAGUAUGUGACAAAGCUUUUCUUACGAAGCAAAAGCUUGAUGAACACACCAAUGGACACACUGGUAAUGCCCCCGUCAAAUGCAAUUUAUGUAAUGAAACCUUUCGAAGGUACUCGAAUUUAACUCAACAUAAAAAUAGACAUCACUUGCACGUGAAAAAAAAGUUAAAGGAUUAUAUAUGUCACUGUGGAGAAGUAUUUCAUACAAAGAAGAAACUCGCUUGGCAUAAAGAGACACAUGAUGAAAAACCAAAAGCUUGUACAUAUUGUAAUGAAAGGUUCAUUCACAUGGCUAGCCUAACUCGUCACAUGCGACGUGCUCACAAUCGAAGAUUUGUUCCUGAUGCUCAAAGGGAAAGUGAAAAUGUAGAGUGUCCGAUAUGUAAAUGCAUUUACUUGAGGUCCUCUUUAGCUGUACAUAUGAGAGUGCAUAAUGGAGAAAAGCCAUAUGAUUGUCAAGUUUGCUCUAAAUCUUUUAGUACGAAAUGGAAUUUGCAACUACACAAAUGGACUCAUGCUGCAAGAAGUACGAAACCAUUUAAAUGCAAUCAAUGCAGUGCUGCCUUCUACCGACAUAGUGACUACACAGCACACAUGAAUUCUCAUAGAAAUGUACGGCCUUACACGUGCAAUUAUUGUGGAGCUCAGUUUAUACGAAAAUACAAUUGUAUCAGGCAUGUCAAGGAACACGAAGAAAAUAAAGCUUACACAUGUCACCAUUGUAACAAAACUUUUCAUAGAUCGUAUUACCUCAAAGAACAUUUGCGUGUACAUACGGGUGCAAAACCAUAUUCGUGUCAUAUUUGUGGUAAACUGAGUAGCACUAAAUCGAAUCAUAAUAAGCAUGUGAGAAUUCAUCACGCGCGAGAGCCUGUAAAUACCGAAAAUUAAUCUGCUUCGUAUGAAUGUUGAUAUUAAUUUUUUAAGCAGCUUUAAAAAAUAUAUGCCUCUUAAAAACUCUAGUAAAAUAAAAUUGACUUAUUGUCAAGUGUGCCUGUACGGCGAAAAUUAAAUAUAAUUAAACCAUUACAUUUUCAAUGGAGAGGUUUUCUCUUAUUUAAUUUACCUUACAUGUUUUGAUACGAUGUAUAAAAAAUAAUGAAUAAAUCCAAAAACUACCUUUAA